AUAGACAUGUGGUAAAUCGGUCUCGCCAAGUACUUACUUCCGGUCAAAAUGUUUUCGUGCCUCUGCAGGCUUGUAGCGCGUUUGCAGCCUUCUAUUUCUCAAUCAUGUGCAAGUGUGAGAACAUCAAGCUACAAAAGCAGUUUGACGUUAGAUAAAUUGUAUCCAAAGUCGGAUACAAAUUCGAUGACACAGAAAGGAACUAAACCAGUUGCGAAACAGGAAGAUGCAUUUUCAGGGGUUAUUCCACUUCAUGAUUUAGAAAUUCAAUCCUGCAGAUCAUCUGGUCCUGGUGGGCAACACGUCAAUAAAGUGAACACCAAGGUUGAAGUGCGGUUUAAUGUGAACAAGGCUGAGUGGAUACCUGAUUGGAUCAAACCAAAAUUAUUAGAGCAGCAACAAAACCGCAUCAACAAGAAUGGGGAGCUAAUAGUUACAUCUGAAAAGACUCGCAAACAGAUCCUCAACCAGGCCGACUGCCUGGACAAGAUACGUAACAUGGUAUUCCAGGCCUCGGUGAAACCCAAGGAGCUCGAACCCUGGGAGCAAGAACAGAUCAAACAGAGGGAAGAGGCUGCCAAACAGAGGAGUAUGGAGGAACGAAGAAGACGAUCAUUGUUAAAACUGAAACGCAAUGGGGACUUUCUUUGACAUAAUUUUGUUAAAAUAUUUUAUUAAAUAAUGAAUGUUUAA